UGCCGCCUCUACGAUUGACAAAUCAUCAAAUGUUUAACCGGAAAGACGAGCUUAUUCGUGAUGAAAAGAUCGAAGAUGAUCCCCUGGAAACACUGCCAUGCAUAGUCAAUAAAUUAUCUAUCUGCGAAAGUACAAAGGCAAAUAUUACGAGUAAAUUAAUUCAAGAAGCUACAGCUCAGAAAGAUAUCACGGAGCACGAUUUAAAAAAAAUUAUUUCUUUAUACGACAUCGACGAAAUGUCUUCUGAAGAAUUGUAUGCUUCUCUACGUAGAAUCGCAGAAAGUCCACAACAGCCGUUUUCAUUCCUAGCAAAUAUCUCCAACGAAUUUACUGACAGCAAUCAGUCAUCGAUAGAGACAGGGAAAUCUACGGAAAUUGACAUACAAUUAGCUGCUGUAGCGAAGCGUAUUGAGUCGACUAAAAUUUUAUUAAACAAAGCUAAAUCUUACAUAGAAGAUAUACGUCUUUGUGCUGAACAAAAUAAUGUUUAUCAAUCGUCAGAAACAAUAAAUGACUAUUAUGAUGAUAAAAUUAAAGUCGAGAAAGAUGAACGAUCCUCUUAA